AUGGUUGCGGAUAAGAUAGAUGGGAAGGCAAUUUCAGCAGAACUAAGAGCAAAGAUUCAAGAGGAGAUCACCACUUUGAAGAUCGCCCAUCCUAGGUUUCAGCCAAAAAUUGUCAUUAUUCAGGUUGGUGACCGUCCAGACUCCUCUACCUACGUGCGGAUGAAGUUGAAGUCAUGUGCAGAUGCGGGGAUUGAAGGGGAGCUAGUCAAGUAUGAUGCUGGAAUUUCUCAGAAGGAAAUGUUGGAGAAACUGGAGGGUCUAAAUAACGAUGUAUCUGUUCAUGGUAUCUUGGUCCAGUUGCCAUUGCCUGACCAACUGGAUGAGGAGGCAAUAACAAACGCCGUCAAAGUCGAGAAGGAUGUUGAUGGGUUUUCCGAGCUGAAUAUUGCUGCUGUGUUCAAGAAAAACUCAAAACUAAAGCUAGUUCCAUGUACCCCCAAGGGUAUUAUGUAUAUGUUAGAACAUGAAAAUGUUCAAUUGGAAGGCAAAAACGCAGUUGUUUGCGGUAGAUCUGAUAUUGUGGGUGGUCCAAUGGGUAAGUUGCUGGAGAAGAGAGGUGCAACCGUUACAACUUUGCACUCCAAGUCUACACCAGAACAGUUUAAGUUUUUCUUGAAGAACGCCGACAUCAUCGUUUCUGCUGUUGGUAAGGCUGGUUUCAUCCACGGCGACGACGUUAAACCUGGAUGCGUCAUUAUCGAUGUUGGUACCAACUACAUACGGGACGAAUCAAAAAAGUCGGGUCAACGGAUGGUUGGCGAUGUCGACUAUGAAACAUGUUCUCAAGUUGCAUCCAAAAUCACCCCUGUUCCUGGCGGGGUAGGUCCGAUGACCGUCGUUAUGGUUCUAUCCAAUUUACUCCAAACAGCAAAGCAGCAAUCUGGUCUAUGA